CAGAAAUAAGUAUGUCAAACCUGAUGUCUGGGUGACUUGCGAAAGAAAUUUCACUUCAUUCAAACUGAGUGUAAAGAAUAUUAGAUGAUACGUGUAUUUCUGGUAAAACAAAGGGUCGUGGAUAGCUCACGGCGGUUGGCGAAGGAGCUUUCUCCGUCCCCGCUGAGCAUUCGCUACGUGAGACGCACUCUUGGAGGUGAGAGUGAGUGGUGGUGGCCUCCAUCAGCGCCUGGGGACUUCGGGGACACGCGUAGAUAGGCAGGUUGCUUAUUUUUAGCUAACUUUCAAGCUACUUAUUUGUUUGGCUCUGCCACGACCCAGGUAGGCGGAUUGAAAACCUACGAACUGCCGAAUUAUCAUACAUGUGGUAAAAUGCUUUUUAUGUG